AUGACGGUAGGUAACGUAAUUUAUGUUAAACUUUAUGGCAUGUUUUAAAUCUGCGCAGCUAAUUGGGAAACUCCGACGACUGAGAUUUGCAUGUAAUUAUUAAUGCUGAUAAAAUCAUUGGGCAUAUAUUGCCCAAGGACAAAUUGAUUAAUUUUUAUUAAAUUUGAAUGAAGAUUGGAUGAGAAAUAAGUAACUGUUUUCCAGGCCUAGUAAACUAUGCACUGUACAUAAACUGACGGAGUUAUGCAGUCUCUGAGUGCCCUGUAGUUUACAUAUUAUUAUUUAUUUAAUAUAUACAAUAUCCACUCACUUACUUUACAGAAUUCAACUGUCAUGAUUACCUCAUUAUAUCUGGAGGUUCAUCAAAAAAAUUCUGUGGGACCACCACUCCGGCACCAUUUGUACCUAGCCUGAACGUCGUCACACUGGAAAUGGUAACAGAUGGUAGUAUUGAAGAAAGCGGUUUUGAUCUCAGCUUCACCACCGUCCAGAGUAAGCAAUAGUUUCGGUGUGUUCAGGGGCGGCAGAGGGAAAUAAGGCGUCAGCAGACUUGUCUUAAAUCGGGAUGGAGGGCGCCAGACAAAUCCCAGCUCCUAUAUUAAAGUCACUUUUGCUUUACUCUGACUUAAAUGUGGUGACAAGGGUUGUAAAAAUUACCCAAAAACUAAUGAGUAAAAUUUGCUUUUCCGGAAAAGUAAUUAUGAUAAAUUCAAAUCUUAAUUCCUUCAAAAGUUGCUGCAGAUCACGUUUUGCUUAGGUGAUAAAAAGAUUGGAUUACCGAACAGAAUCUACAUGUACCUAACCGACAUUAAAAAAACAAGUCUUAUAAUUGAACUGAAUUUAAUUUGUUAUUUAAUUUAAGUAGAAAAAUUUCUGUGUAGUUGCAUGACCAGUUAUGACCCUCGACAAACAUGCAACUUCAAAGCCAUUUUCUUCUGAAAUUUCCAGAUAUGGCGAGUUUGGAAAAAAAUAAAAAGUACACAGAAGUGACGCGAAUUGCUUUCUUCAAAAUGUUACUCGUUACAUUAAAAAAGUAAUAAUUAAUCGAAAGUAAUUUGUGAUUAUUACAACAUUGGUAGUAAAAUAAGGCUCAGAUUGAAAGUUUAAAUUGAUUUUUAAUUGUGCUGAGUCAAGCAAUAUUUCUCUUGGGCCUAUAACCUUUUCUUGUUCUCGGAAUCAAAAUCUUUUCCGAUUAUUUCUUGAAAUUAUCUAGCGGUUUUCCUCAUUAGUUUUCAGUAACAUCAGCAUGUAUACAAUAUUCUGCGCAUGUUCAUUGGGGCUGGUUGUACGAAGAUCGAAUAUCUAAAGUGAUUUCGUCAACCGUUGUGAAAAUUACGAAUAUCGAACACAAUCAAUAAACACUAGAAUUUUAUCUGGGUUAGAGCAAUAAACGAACUUUUUUAGAAUACUUGAAAAAUCGCUAUCUUGUGGAUAGCGUUCUGCUCACCUUUCGUACAAUUUAUUGGUGGGGAAAAAUACAUCAAUAUUUCUAAUACCUAUCACAAAAUAAUUUGAUAUAUGAUCCUGUGUAUAUGGAAUACUCCUAUCUUUAUUUUUUCUAGCAACUGGUUUACCCCCAGCAGUGAGUGUGUGUCCGACCAGAUCAAUCAUCCCCAGUGCGAUUGGUCGUGUCCAUUCGCCUGGAUUCGCUGGUAACUAUAGCGCCAAUCUAAACUGUAAGCUUACCCUGAAUGUGCCUUCAAGUAAGGUUGUUGAAAUUUCCUACAACCAUGUUGAUAUUGAAU